AUGCAGCAAUCAGUAAUCAGGCCGAACCCUUCCAGGCAUGGUGGAGCAGCCCUUCGGGGCGGGAAGUUGACGGAGGCCCAGGAACGCAGGACACAGCCCCAGCAGGGAGAUCCCAGGAAUGAUGACAAUGCAGGGAAGAGGUUGGGGUUCGUCAUAGACCGGGUGAAAGGCGCCCCGCUGGGAGACGGGGUCCUCAGGCUGACUGGCUAUCACCAGAAAACAGGGCAGGUGAUCAGCACCAGGAACGCCGGGAUGACCUGCUACACUACCCCUGUGAGAUCCAACAUUAAACUCGGCUACUUCAUAUUCGGGGAGCAGGAGAUGACUUUCCUGGACCUGCUGCCGCAGGAGGACAUGAUCCUGAUUGUCCGCUUUUACCACUGGCCCAGUGGAGGGGUGGCCACCACCCCGUGGGACCAGGGGUCAGGCAGGCAGCAGCUGCUGCUGGGAACUGACGCGUGGUUGGCUGCCUGGGCCGUCCUCAGACUGACCAAGCCUGCUGGAUCUGAUGUGGUGAGGAAAGGGGGCCUAGGAGCAGUGACCUGGAACACGGGGCCCCAUGAUCUGACCCUGUAUCAUGGCCCUGUGCCUCCUGCCCAUACGCUCUCAGUCCUGCCCGAGGAGCGGCAGCACAAGAGCUUCGAGCCAUACGGCAGUGCCAGCAUCAGGCUGCACCUGUUCAGCGACCAGAAGCCGGAGCAGCCUUUCCCCCCCGAGUCGCCAGUCCCUCUCAGCCAGCCGCGGGACUGGCCCUGGGCAGCGUUCAUCCAUCACAUCAGGGAGAUGCCCGCCUCGGAGCCCUUCAGCGCCGCAGACGGCUUCGACCUGUACAUCGACGGGGCCCGGUUCCUGCCCGAUGCCGUCACCGUCACUAGGGUCACUGGCCGGAUCUUUGACAGCAGCUACCACCAAAUCGGGCCAGACAUUUCCACCGGCAUUGAUUUGAGCAGCAAUAUCUUCGAGCCACUCUACAGCUAUAGCGUGGAGAUCCGGAAUCCAGCAGUGCCGCCUUCCGCUACGCUCUUGCUAAAGCUCUACUCCCUGGAUCGGUUCAGUUCCAAGCUCGUCCUAAUUGGCUGGGCAGCUCUCAAUCUCUUUGUGGAAUCUGGGACGCACAGAGCCCCUGCUGCAGAUUCCCAGGGGAUCCAGGUCUCUCUGAACGAGGGGGCCCACCAGCUUCGCCUGUACCACAGUGGCCCUGCCACGGACCAGCCCUUCUCUGUCGGUGCCCUCACCUCCGCAGGACGGUACGUCCCAUGUGCCAGCCUGCUAGUCAGGCUGCUCAAAGCCCCCGUGGACUCCAGCCAUCAAACCCUGCAGAGAAGCCUGGCUCCCCAGGCGGACUGGGUCAGACUCGGCCUCUUCCAGCCCAGGCCUGACUAUUCAGACGGGGUCUAUUAUUCAGACUCGGUCGUGCCCACCGCCGGAGAGAGGUGCCUCUACAGCGCCAUGGGCAACAGGUCUGCAGUGCUGGUUCGGGAGAUUGUCCCUCAGCUUGCAGGAAACGAAGGCCUGGAGCUGAAUGCAGAUGAGGAGAUCGCUGCUUGGAUCAAAGAGAAACUGACCAGGAUGACAGACAGCAGCCCUCAGCCUUUCAACCUUACCUAUGUCUCUCGAUACCUCCCUACGUACGGCAUUAAGUUUGCAGUGGAUGGUGCCAAGAAUCUACCCUGGUCUGGUUUGACAGUGGCUCAUUUCUGCUUCAAUCCCCCUGGGGCCUUUUAUUUUGGGAGACCCUGGCUAAAAUACGAUCGUCCUGUCUUUGUGGAGGAGCUUGACCUUGACAGCUACCAGCGAUGGCCUGUGUGGCUGGAUGGAUUCAAGUCCUUUCCCCAGAGGAUUUACAAUGAGUAUCUAACGGUGAUUAUCCACCUGUACGAAGUCCUGGUGAACCCUGAGCCAGAUGCUCCGGGCAAAGAGGCAGCCACCAGGCCUGUGCCGAGAGGAAUCAUGAGGAAAGCGGGCGAACGGCUGCGCUACGUCCUGGGGAGGGAAGCGUGGGCUGUUCUCCAAGUGUUCUCUAGUGGCUACUGCAACACUGAUGUUUAUCAGCUGCCUCUGUACCAGGGAGCUCCGAGCCAGAACAUUGUGAUCUCCUUCUCCCAAGGAACGUGUGCCAGCGUUACGCAGGGGCUGGUGGACAGGAAAGCGAUUCAGUUGGUAAAAGGGGCAUCUGUGGUUGUCCGUAUAGCAGAUGGUAGGCGGGAUGAAGAGCUUAGCCUGCCCCCCAAACAGGGUAUCAAUCAGUCCUACCUCCCCAAGGAAGGCAUAGAGUUUUACAAGAAGGAGCCUGGUGGUGCUAAAGUUACAGAUCUGAUGCCACAGGAGAAGGCAGAAACCCAGCAAGAGGCCCGGCUGUUAAUUCUAGAUCACAUCUAGUGGUCCACAGGAAGAAGAUGGCUGAUCUAGAAAGUCAACUAAGCAAGACAACUCUGACAUGCCAUUUACUUCAUUGCAGACUCUAAGUAGCUGGGUCAAGAUCCUUGG